AUGGAAGUCCUCUGCGUCGGCCCGCCACGCUCCGGCACCGAGUCGCUCCAACAGGCCCUUCUCACCCUCGGCUACGACCACACCUACCACGGCUGGGACAUCGUCUACGAGGACCCGCCGAUCCCGGCGCCCGGCUGGGUGAAGCUCGCGCGCAAGAAGUGGUUCGGGGCCGACAACCCCGCCCCGGACUCGGGUGACGUGAGCAUCUCCGCAGAAGAAUUUGACGAGCUGAUCGGGCAUUGUGUCGCGGUGACGGACGCGGCGGCGAGCUGUUUCGCGCCGGAGAUGGUGCGGGCGUAUCCGCAGGCGAAGAACAUUGCGAUAUGA